GGUAAUCCAGUUCAAGAUUGGCUAACACUAGAAAAAUGCACCCAUUCUUUUUGGAAAAGGAACAUUGCGGAAGCCCCAGCCCCAUUAUACUAACAGUGUAAUAGAUAUUUAAAGUGAUCUGUUACCACAGCAUAUUUAAACAACUACAUUCUCACUUAAAAACUUUUAAAAAGUGACAAAAAGUUUAAUUGGGUUUGGUUCUCCGCCAUGAAGCUCAUGAAAUGCUGCAAGCGGACUAAUACAAUCAUUGAAACAGUUCCCGUAUGAUACUGGUAGAAUCUUACAUGGCUGGAAAUACCUAUCAGCCUAUAAGAUUUGAAGGCCAGUGUUUUAUUUUAUUUUAGUGAAAACUAUUAGAUGUGUUUCUAAAAACUAUAAAUCAAAUGUCCCAGUGGAAUAUCAUUUGCACCCCUUUAUAUUUGUUUUUAUUAUUAAUAAUAUUUAAGUCAGUAGCUGUACUUUUGCAUCUGGUUUCCUUUUUUUUUUUUUUGUCCUAAUGCAAUGAUUUAGAGGUUGGAGAACUACAUGGUAAUUUUGUCACUGUCUCUGGAGGAACUAUGUCAUUUGUAUUUCAACUAUGCCAUUGUCUUCGUAAUUGGUCAGAUAUAAAUACACAUCACCAGCACAUCUGAAUGUAAAGGGACAGAAUGUACUUUAACAGUAGCCUGUGAAAGAAGUGUGACAGCAAAGAAGUCCCAUAUCGAGGGACUGAUAUUCAUCAUGUCAGUGGGAAACAUCAGCUUUAUAAAGGAUUUUGUGAUAGUUGGCUUUCCUGGACUUCAGCCUCAUUACUAUGGACUUGUAUCCGCACUUCUAUUUUUUGUUUAUGUGUUUACAUUGGUGGGAAAUGCUUUAUUGUUUAUGUUGUUUGUAACGACUAAGAGCCUUCAUAAACCUGUUUACUAUUUCAUUAUAAAUCUAGUCGUGUGUGAUGUACUUUUCAGCACUACAACAUUACCAAAGAUAAUCAGCAGGUACUGGUUUCAAGAUGGAACCAUUUCAUUCUUGGGUUGUUUUGUUCAGAUGUUCUUUGUGCAUUAUUUUGGCAGUGUCUGUUCAGUUAUUCUGGCAGUAAUUGCUAUAGACCGCUAUGCAGCAAUUUGUUAUCCGCUUCAAUAUCAUAGCAUCAUGACAAACCAAAAUGUACUCAUUCUGUUCUUUGGCUCUUGGAUUGUGGGUUUGCUAGGCCCCGUGGCAAUAGUCAUUCGUGCUUAUCCUCUCCCUUACUGUGCAGAAAACUCAAUUAUACACUGUUACUGUGAUCAUGUUUCCAUCACAUCACUGGCAUGCACUGACAGAUCACUGUAUGGUAUUCCAGCCCUCAUCUAUGCCUUUACAAUACUGUUGGUGCCCUUUGCUGUUAUUAUAUUCUCUUACUGCUCUAUCUUCGUAGCAGUUAUGCAGAUCUCAGGUACUCAAGGAAGAAUGAAGACUUUCUCCACCUGCAGUCCUCAGCUCAUCAUAAUUGCUCUUUUUUUCCUACCCAGGUUAUUUAAUUAUUUGUCUGGCAACAUUGGUAUAAAGUUCAGCACUGAUUUGCGAUUAGUAAUUAUUAUGAUGUAUAGCUUGUUACCACCCAUGAUCAACCCCGUGAUUUAUUGUUUGAGAACAGAAGAAGUCAAAAAGUUACUAAUUAGACAAUUUCAAAAGAAACAAAUUGGUAUUCCUUUACGGUCAAUCUGAUGUGCUUUAUUUAAUGAGGUGGCCAAACUGUUGCCUUUGUCAUAAGGUCCUCAUCUCUAGAUAUCUCUAUAUUACAAAACAUACACCGUAUUCCAGCUAGACUGAAUGCCAAGAACACUAAUAUAAGUCUUUUUUUAGAAGGGCUCCAGACAAUUGAUUUUAUCCUCAUGAAAUUAAGAAUCUUUUUGCACCUUCUGCUGUAACAUUACUUACAGGGCUAAUAAUAUAUUGUAGACAAUAUGGUCAUUUUAUU